AAAGCCAUCAUCCAUUACCUCUUCCCCCAUUCAAACUCUCAUUACAGAAAAACCAUUUUUCUUUUUGCCCUUUUUGAGAUUGAAAAGAUACAGUAAUACUCUUAAGCAUGGAUGGAAGUUUUCAGUGGUUCUGGCUUACAAUGCUAUAUUUUGGAUUGAUGUUAGCUUUCAAAGUUUGGUUUGAUUACUGGUGGAAACCAAGAAGAAUUGAGCAUAUUUUCUGUGCGCAAGGAAUCAAAGGCCCAAAAUAUCAAUUCUUCCUGGGAAACUUAAAGGAGAUUGCGAGUUUGAUGUCUAGGGUUUCAUCUCCACCCAUGCCUUUCUCCCACAACAUUCUUCCCAGAGUCCUUUGUUUUUAUCAUCAUUGGAGAAAGAUACACGGCGCAAGCUUUCUUGUAUGGUUUGGAAAUACAGCUCGUCUGACCAUAGCUGAUCCCAUCCUCAUCAAAGACAUCUUCGUCACCAAAUCCGAAUUUUUCGAGAAAAAUGACUUGCAUCCACUUGUUAAGAAGCUGGAAGGUGAUGGCCUCAUAAGUCUAAAAGGAGCAAAAUGGGCUCAUCAUAGAAAGAUUAUAACACCAACUUUCCACCAAGAUAAUCUUAAGCUAAUGAUACCAAUGAUGGGGAAUAGUAUGGGGAAGAUGUUGAAACGAUGGUCCAAAAUGUCAUCGGAUGAUGAUGGCAAGGUGGAAAUUGAGGUCUCGGAAUGGUUCCAAAACUUGUCGGAAGAUGUCAUCACUCAAACUGUUUUUGGAAGUAGCUAUGAAGAUGGAAGAGCCAUUUACAACCUGCAAGCUCAACAAAUGGUUUAUGCAACUGAAGCUUAUCAAAAAGUCAUCAUUCCAGGUUACAGGUUUAUGCCCACUGAAAAGAACAGAAUUUCUUGGAGAUUGGACAAGGAGAUUAGAAAAUCUUUAAUGAAACUGAUACAAAAAAGGAGGCAAAAGAAUUGGAAUAGUAGUAAUAGUAGUAGUAAUAGUAGUACGGGAACAAUGUUGUCAGAGGAAUGUCCAAAUGAUUUGUUGGGACUAAUGAUUAAAGCUACCAGCUUCAAGGAAACCAGCAUCUGGAAGUACCACAACAUGAUGAACACAGACACCGACUCAUCAUCAUUAAGGUCCUCGACGGCGGCGUCCUCCGCCUCCGCCUCCGCCCUGAUCACCGUCCACGACAUUGUAGAGGAAUGCAAAACAAUUUUCUUCGCCGGGAAGCACACCACGUCGAACCUGCUGACGUGGACGACUAUUUUAUUAGCAAUGCAUCCUCAGUGGCAGGAACUGGCACGUGAGGAGGUCUUGAGGGUGUGCGGAGCACGUGACGUCCCGACUAAAGAUGACAUUUCCAAGCUUAAGACGGUAAUUCAUCCUAAUUUCCUUCAUUUCCUUUCUUUUUAUUUUAUAAUCUAUCCGUCCCAAAAAGAAAAUAGUGCUUCAUUGUAUUUUUCUUUUUUCACUUCAGCAAAGAUUUUCUUUUUCUUUUGUGGAGGAGAAAAUAAUUUUUAGUUAAACUAACAGUCAAAAUAUAUAAAAUAUUUUUUUUAGGAAAGUACUAUAUAUUAAUUAAAGAACAUAUCACAUAUAAAAUCUUCUAUAAUGAGUUCUUCACUUGGAUCUUGUUUCUAAUACACAAUUUUUGAGUGUUUGCUUGGUUCUAAUUUGAGUUAUUCCCCCCGAUCUUAUUUUCUUUUUUCAAAAUUAAAUCUUCAAUCAUGUUGCAUAAUUUUGUUAACAAGAACUAAUUAAAUGAGAAGGUGAUCUAUCAAAAAUUGAUCAUUUUACCUUAACUAAUUUUCUUGAAUUUGAUAGUUUGGUUUUUAUUUCUGCGUUAUAGAUAACAUGCAUGCAUUGGCUUUUUUUUCAUUCAUGAGAAGUCUCCACGGAAAUGAUGAGUGUUGAUGUGAUUUUCACACCUGAGUUGAUAAACUCAGCUUGUCUUUGAACUAAAAUUAGAAAACCUUACCUUUUUGGCUUUCAACGAGAAAAUUGAGCAAAUUGAGCACUUUCCAGCAUCUUAAGCAGACGCGUUUCUAAGCUGUUCUCAUGUUUUUUUCCCAUGGAGAAGAAACUUUUGCCGACAAUAUAAAACUUAUCCAUCAGGGCUCAGGCCAUGAAAUCUUUUCAUGUUGUCUUUCAACCAAUAUGGAAAAACAUCAAAAGUGGAAAAAAGUAGUUCACUUACUGCCUAAGUUAUUUUUAGCUAAAAACAAAACAUAUCGUACUUUAUUCUGGUAGUUUUGCUGCUUUGUCUUUAAAAAAAAAAAAAAAUCUGGGGUUUUCACAAUUCACUUGAACAUAAUUAUGUAACCUCACGUUAUCAAUUGCGAGUCCUUUAGAUUAGUAGUAUUGCAUGGCAUGCUUCUCCAAGUUAAAGAUUGAAAAGAUAUUGAAAAAUUAAAAAGUCGUGUUUAUUAUAUUCUAUUUUUUCUUACGACAAAUAUGACUUAUUUUGAAAACAGGAUUUAUACCUGAAUGAUUUUCCUUGAUUUUACAAUACAGUUAGAUAAAACUUAGUUAUUUAUUAAUUGUUGACUCAUGCUCAAUCUAUAUUCUUGAUUUAGGAUGGAAGAAGUAUCAAGCAAUAGUCUUGAACUAACCUUUUUUGUUGUUAAAAAAUAUUUCUCGUCCCAGAAAAAUAAUCUAUGUUGAGACUUACAUUACAUAUACCGAUACCUUUAGCUAGCUAUUCAUGCUUACGUGAUUGUAUGUAGUAUUUUAGUAUGUAAUUAAUUACAUGCGCAUACUCUAUCUUGCUAAAACAAAAAACCCUACAUUGUUUUAAGGAAUUCUUUAUUGCAAUUUACAGCAUCAUCUUCAAAAUCAUUUCACCUUAAUUCUGUGUAAUGCAGUUAGGAAUGAUCAUCAAUGAGUCGUUACGACUUUAUCCACCGGUAGUAGCAACAAUCAGAAGAGCCAAAGCAAACGUACAAUUAGGAGGACUCAACAUCCCGAGAGGAACUGAGCUCCUCAUUCCAAUCGUGGCCGUUCAUCAUGAUCGCGAACUUUGGGGCCCCGAUGCGAACGAAUUCAACCCGGUUCGAUUUUCCAAAGGCGUGUGCCAUGCAGCAAAGCAUUCGAUGGCUUUCUUGCCCUUUGGAUUAGGGUCUCGACGUUGCAUUGGUCAAAAUCUUGCGAUUCUGCAAGCGAAAUUAGCUAUUGCCAUGAUUUUGCAAUCUUUCUCCUUUGAAAUUUCGCCAAAUUAUCGACAUGCCCCGACUGUUCAGAUGCUGUUGUACCCUCAAUAUGGUGCCCCCAUAAUUUUUCAAAAAUUGUAGAAAAUGAGAUUAUAGAUAUUUCAAUGAAGAAUUGACGUUCCUUGAUGUAGAGCCAAAAGACUGUGAAUUAAGACACUAGGUGAUGCCAGUUAGGUAAUUGAUUAAUGUAGUAAAUUAGUAACUACUUCAUUUAUAGUACAACAUUAUUUGUAUUGUUUUUUAUAUUAUCAUCGGUAAGCGGGUAACAAUGAUAAAAUAUGAAUUUAGAG